CCGGCCUCCGUACCCGCCGGCUGUCUCCAUGGAAACCGGCCCGGGGCUGGGUCUCGGCGACGCGGGAGCCUGCGUGGAGGUGGAUGCACAGGGCCAGGAGGAGUUCAAGACAAUGGAUUACAGCAAAUGGCAGAAGACAGAAGCAGAGGAGAGGAAAUCUCCACCCCGCAGGGUGACUUUGCCACUGCUCACCAAUGAGGACAAGAAGAAGAAAGGGGAGAAGAACAAGCCAGUUGAAUUUAUGCUGAGUAAAAAACCACCCCUGCCUUCGCCAUUGUCAAGUUUUGCUCAGAAGAAAUUAGCACUCAAGGAGGCUGAAUUAGCCAAAACCAUGGAAGAGAUCAAAAUUAUCACGGUUCUGACCGAUAUGAAGAAAAAUGCCAUCGAGGAGCUGAAGCAGCACAGUGCCCACCUGGCAGAGGCCAACAGCCGGCUGAUUAAGGACAUCCAGCUCACUGAUGACACCACUGCCAAGCAAGCAAAGGUCUUGCUGCAGGAGUAUGAAGUAUUUCAGAGGAUGAAGGCAAAGGUGCAGACCUUCAAUCAGAACCAGCUGGACACAGCAAGGGCAGAGCUCCAGGAAAUGGAAAAAACAAUGGAAAGGAAUCUGGGAAAGCUACAGGAGCAACUGGAGGAUGUCACUUCAAAGGUACAGGUUCUCCAGGAUGAGCUCAGCGUCCUCCGGACCUACAUUGAUGGGGAGUUUCCAGAACAAGAUGUCCAGAUAGUCCUUCUGCAGCGCAGCAUCCAGAACCUGAAGAAGCAGCACCAGGAGGAGGUAGACAAGACAGAAAAAAUGGGGAAGGCCGUCUUGGAGAAACUAGAAGAGAAGGCACAGGCAGAACAAGAGGCGCUAUUACAGAAAGUUGUGGAGGAGAAGUUGCUGCACCAGGAUGGCCUGAAGCAGAUGAUGAUAAACAACCACAUUCUGCAAUGUGGAGUACUGAGGCAAAGGGAGAUUGUUACGCACCUGGAGGAGGAGAUCGAUGAGCUGAAGAGGAACAUCCAGACACUCCGCCAGAGUGCAAGAAACCCAAGAGAGCUGAUCUUUGCUGAUGUUUUUCUCCGCAGACCGAAGUGCACACCAGACACGGAGGUGGUCCUCAGCAUCCCCACCAAGGAGACACCGCUUGUCUGACGCUCAGCCAGGCUCCGGGGGAUCCCAUGGCGUGGAUGAGGUUCAGCUGCAAAACCCCUCCUUUCCCAUCCACGCUUCUCCAUCCCAGCCCCCUGGGGACUGGCUGAUGUGGUUAUAGGCUGCAGUAAAGGUG